AUGCCCUCGCUCUUCCCCCCUCUUACCACCCCCACCUUUCCCCAUUGUCUCCUCCUCCCCCUCACCUUUGCCCACCCUCCUCUCCUCCCUUUCCUUUUGGGCGCGUCCGUCCUGCAUGCCUUUCCCACCGCCUCCGUCCUUCUCCGUAUCCUCCUACUUUCCCUCUUUCUCGACGGCCACACCCUGGCAACCGCCGCCCCUGACCUAGCACUUUCCUCCCGCCUCCCGCCGCUACACUUCGACCCGCGCCGCACCUCUGGCCUUCUCCAACUCGCCGUCGUCGCCGUCCUUCCGCUCGUCGUCUUUCUUCCCGGCGCGCCACGCCGUCGCGUUGCCCUUUUCCCCGGAGCAUCAUCACCUCAUCGCAUACAGCCAGCCCAUGCCACCGCCCUCGCCGCUUUUCUAGCCCUUCUUGCCCUGUUCACCACCGUCCUUGAAUUCCCGCCGCCCUUCCCGCACGCGCAGCCCCAUCGUUUCUUCCCCGCCAACCCCGUCGCCGACUACCUCGUCUCCUUCUUCCGUGACCUCCUGCCGUUGCGGCUGUCGGUCUCCCGCCCCGCCGCCCUGUUCAAUCUGCGCAGAGCCCUAUACAACUUCUUGCUCGUCCCCUCGGGCUUGCCUUUCGAUGCGCUCGGCGUACAGCGCGCGCUUGCGGCAGCUGUCAUGGCCUUGAUUGGCGCAAUUAACGAAAGCGCCUAUUUGCACGACGAUGACUGGCUCGACGCCACCACGUCGGUCGCGGGCGUCACGGCGGCUUGCGCCAUGUUUUUCGGCAUGGAAAUGGAGGGCGUGAGCGGCAGAGUAGCUAGUGUAGUUUUCAUGAUGCUCGCCAUGCGCACUGCGAGGAGUGUGGGCGGGGUGAAGUUCUGGAGGGACUUGCUAAGGCCGCUGGCCGCCGUAGGAGCCCAUUUACCAUGGGUAUGGGUCGUCCUGGAGUACAGGUUUGUCGAGCUCGCUUUGGAUGCGGUAAGGACUAACGGGAAUGGCUCGCUGCUGGACGUUAUCAGGGGGCUUUGUGAGGUUCUAGGGGGAGGAGACGGCGCAUCAGCCGAAGUCUUGUGGUCGAUGGUUAAGUGUCUUGUAAUUGUCGUUGGAGCGUCGACAUGGGAGAGAGGAUCCUAUGAAUCAGGAUUGGAUGUUGAUGAUGUCGAAUGA